AUGGACCACUUCGGCUCCGAAAUGAAGGUUCGUAAGUACAUGCCCAGUGAGGCGAGGUUGCUUUGGCGUGUCCAUUUGUGUGCUUUAACUCAUCUGGGCAAGGGCACAUCUGUGGGCGAAGUCGGCAAUGCGGAGAGUGAGUGGAGCCCUGUGGAGUUACUGCGAGGGCCCUGUACAUGUGCUGUCGCGGGGGAAGACUGGGCGGCAUGCUUCAGGAACACGUCAGUUGCUCGUGAUGCUUGUGAUACUGGUUUUCUUGGAAGCUCCAAGCAGCUGGUUGGGAUGUUGUUCAUGGAACGAGCGUUGUUUUGCAUAAACAUGUUCAAUGGGUCGAGCAAUGUGCCGGCUGCGGGUGCCGCGUGGCCUGACCAGAGCACGGCAUAUGCAGCAGGCGACUCGAAGAAAAACGGAUCUUUGUUCGGAGGGGACGUCGAGCUGCUGUUCUGCAAGUUGCGCUUGACCGGUUCUUUUGAAUCAUGGCAGGCACUGGAGCACUGCUUGGUGUGCUUGACAGUGCUUGCAGAAGCCGAUUGGUACAAGUGGUCACACAUGCCGCAGAAUCCUGCAGAGCAAUUUGCAGAAAGGCGUCGGCAUGGUCAGGGCAAAGGGGAGGCAACAGAUGUUGUUGCACUGAGCCUGUUGAAGCAGCUUCAGCAGGACGAGGAAAGUCAUGUUCAGGCCAAGGCUCAGGCAUCGGAAGAUCAGGUCCUUGCUGGCCAGAUGGAGUCAGCCGUGGCAGCUUUUUUGGCAGGGGAAGGCUUCGAGGACGAGAGCGAAGAUGAGCAGCAAGAAGCGGAAAGGAUAGAAAGGGAAGCGUUGGACCUUGUAGCAGGCAUAGAUGGACAGCUUUCAGCAGAAGCAAUUCCAUUUGUACCAAUCGGCGGCUUUGAUGCUUUCAGCCCGUUAGAAAACAUCGCCGAGGAGGAAGAGACGAAGAUACCCUGCGGAUACUUGCAAGCCACCUUGGAAGAUGUCGGGUUGGGCCAGACGAUUCUCCGGAUACCAGCCGAGGAAGAUGUGGUGAAGUUCACUGACUACCUCAGACUUCGAACCUUACCGGCCUCAUUACUGCAGUCGGAGGAGCUGCUUGAUCUGUUCUACCAGGAGCUUCGCAGCACUUUGGCCAGUUGUUACCUGGACCGGAUCUGCCCUACGUUGCAGGAGGUUGAACAUCGGUUCAAAACUCAUCUGCCACCUGGGAGCCCGCAUGAGCUGGAUGUGGCCUUGGUGCUGCCAAUGCUUGCACGAAAAGUGCCAGACACGUAUCACAUCCUCCCUGCAGACGGGCGCGGGCGGCCGAUCAUGAUAUUCUUCUCCGAGGCGCCUUCCGGCUUCAAAGGCUUCCUGGACGUGGAUUGCACGCUGCAAGGUGAUGGGGACUUCUCGCAGGAAUCCUGGGAACAGCUUGACAAGGCCCUGACAGACUCUUUCCGAAUCUCCUGCGACUUUCGCCACGCCGCCUUCGACGUCCGCUCCAAGGUGCAGCACUUUAAAGACUGGCCACUUGCAGAGGUGGAGCUUCUGCUCCAUGCAGCCGUGGGCAAGAAGAAACUGGCUCCGUGGGAGGACCAUCUUGGACCAGCAGAGCAUGUCCAUUCCCUCGUCUUGGAGAGAAACACCAAGCAAUGGGAAGGAACCCUGGGGCACAAGAAGAAGGAAAGCUGGACACAUCCGCACAGGGGGCAGAACGGCUAUUCGAAGUUCCAGAGAGAUUGGGAGCCGUACCAGCACUACGUAGCAGACAAGGAGAGCUUGCAGAUGGCGCAGCCGGGACAUCCUGACAGAGAUCAACACUGGCCCUCGCUGGGUCCUGCCAGGCCGCAAGCACAGCGAGAGAGAAGGCAGUUGAACCUGUCCCAGCAGCUUUAUGGUGAUGACGCGAGAAACAGAGCAGAGAGCGUACGCAGCAAUCGCAGCAGCAGCAGCAGCGAAGCGAAAUAUCGGCUUUUAGGUCCAGUUCCCCCAGUUGAAAUACCGGAGGAGGCCCGCCUGCAGGUAGAAACCUUGGUGUCGGCUUGUCCCGAUGGGCUUCGAUUCAACACGCUCAAGAGGGUGCUACAUGCUUUUGAGGAUGCAGGCGGCCCAAGCUACGGGACACUUGGCAAGUGUUUGGCAAGCCCACCUAGAAUCAAGAGCAGUCCUGCUUCCAUCCAGCAGUGGCUGAGCAGAUGCACCCAUAGAGGCUCUGCCUGUGCACCUUUAUGUGGGACAGAAUCUGUCGAUGUCUGUCUUGCCACCAAUCUCCAAUCCAUGUCUGGUUCAAGGCAGUCUUUGAACACGUGCCAACAUGAAGCGCGGCCGAAUGAGCAUAGCAUUCUGUGA